GCCUGUGCGAGUGCGGUGUGAUUAUUAAUGUAAACCAUGUGUUUUCAGAGCACUUUCACAGUGUGUGUCGUUUGUUGUGUGUGUGUGUGUCUAUAAAGUCCGGCCAAUGUUAACGUUUCACCGGGUCUGAGCAACGUGUUUGUUACCCGAUCCGCCUCUCCAGCAGCAUCACCGACACACACACACACACACACACACACACACACACGCUAACGCGCGCGCACACACACGCACCCACGCGCGCUGAGGCAAAGCACGGUCCAGCGCCGCAGCAGUUGGACAAAAGCAUGGGCACCGCAGGACGCGUCUGCUCCGUGCUGCUGCUCGUGUGCCUGCUGGGGCUCCGGCACUCCUCGGGCUUCUGGAUCGUCAACGUCGUCUUCCCCCCACACGCCGAGUCCAGUGUGUCGGGCAACAGCACUCCUCCGCUCAUUAUCGUGCCCGGGAACUUGGGGAACCGCCUGGAAGCGAAGCUUGACAAGCCGACGCUGGUCAACUGGAUGUGCUACAAGAAAACCGAGUACUGGUUCCCGCUGUGGAUUGACCUCAACAUGUUCAUGCCUGUAGGUGUAGACUGCUGGAUCGAUAACAUUAGACUUGUUUACAACAGGACGACUCGGCGUUCAUCCAACUCGCCAGGGGUGCAGGUGCGGGUGCCAGGAUUCGGGCAGACAUAUUCCAUUGAGUUCCUAGACUCUAACAGACUGGCUGGUUAUUUUUUCACUAUGGUGCAACGUUUGGUCAACGUGGGCUACACCCGGAACGAGACCAUCCGAGGAGCUCCGUACGAUUGGAGGUUAGCUCCUAACGAGAAUGGCGAGUAUUUCACGAAGCUGCAGGACCUGGUUGAGGAGAUGUACGAGCAGUACCAGAAGCCCGUCUACCUGCUGGCACACAGCAUGGGCUGCCACUACGUCCUCUACUUCCUCAACCACCAGCCCCAGGCCUGGAAGGACAAGUACAUCAUGGGCAUGAUUUCACUGGCGGCUCCAUGGGGGGGUGCUGUUAAGCCGCUGAGAGUCCUGUUGUCAGGGGAAAAUGACGGCAUCCCGAUGAUCUCCAACAUCAAGAUCCGCGAGGAGCAGAGGAUGACCACGACUAAUCCCUGGAUGCUGCCCUCUGAAUUAGCCUGGCCAAAGGACCACGUGUUCAUCUCCACGCCAACCUUCAACUACACCAACCAGGACUACCAGCGCCUGUUUGCGGAUAUCAACUUUGAGGACGGCUGGAACAUGUGGGAGGACACCAAGAACCUGACCGGUGAUCUCCACCCACCCGGCGUCGAGGUGUGGUGCAUGUACGGCGUGGGCUUUCCGACUCCGGUGACAUACGUUUACGACGAGGAGUUCCCCAACGUGGACCCGGUGGACUUCGUCUACGGCGAUGGGGACGACACGGUGGACAGCUUCAGCAUGAGCCUGUGCAAACGCUGGGAGGGGCAGCAGGAGAAGCCCGUCCAUGUCACAGAGUACCGCGGGCUGGCCCACCUGGACAUCGUGUUCAGCGAACAGGUGCUCAACCAAAUCCAGCAUAUCCUGGAGGGCAAAUCAGACACGCCCAGUGAGAUUGACGUCCGAUUUGGGACUAAGUAGCAUUUAAGAGUAAAACAACAACAACAACAACAACACAAACUGCUGGAUUCUUUGAGUUUGUUCAACUGUCAAGUGAAAAAAACACAUUCCACAUACGUCUGACAUUUAUUAGAACGUCUGCUCUUUCUAGUUCUAGUUCUAAAGCGGUCAGCAAUGGAUCUAACCCUGACCCCCUAUAACCAUGACCUCCUUAUCUCAAUUGCUGAUGGCUUGCAGUGUGGGUUUGACCCUGAUUUGUUUAUUUCUAAAUCCAAGCACGGAAAUUAUAAAAAUAUAAUAGUGUUUUGUUUGUUUUUGUUUUUAAUGAUGAUUCAUUUAAUGUUGUAUUUUUCUCGCGAUCCCUUCGGGGCAACUUCAAAUAGCAUUACAUAGCACACCUUCUCAAAAAUACCAAAUCCUGCUGUUUACUUUUGAUGGAUGAUCACUUCCUUAUUAUUAUUUUGUAUUAUUUCCACAAAGUGCCAAUGACACAUACGUAUCAUAUGUCAUGGGUAUUAGAGUGUGACUGUAACGAAAAGGUUAUAGGGGUCUCAGCAGUAGCCCCCUUCUUUUUCAUUAUAUAGGAUGUAACUGUAAUAUUUCUAUUAGGAUUUAUAUAUUUUUAUCUGUAUGAAAUAUUUUUGAAUAAAAUAUCAUAUGGCUCAUGUAGUUCAUAUAUGCACAUUAAACUAGCGAUGUGGAUGCAUACCGUUCUGUAAAGGCCACCUGUAUUUAAAUGUUUCCGCUUAUGAAUAAAGCAUCAACAUUUCACA